UGACAUAAUUUCCUGUCCCCUGAAAAAAACCACAGAACCUUUUCCCAUAAAUACAAGCUAAGCAUAAUUUAAGUACUCGGAUGCUGUUUUUAGUGCUUAUGCUUCUGUUCUGGUCUGCUCUGCUCUCGAGCUCACCAGUGGGUGGUUUUUCCAUAAAGUUAAAAACAAAUAACAUAAAAAAGGUUAGAGCCGUUGCUGGUAGUAGCGGUGCUCAGAAUAAUACCGUUUCAAUCUUGCUAGAAAGAAGAAGCAGAGUAUAGAGAGAGAGAGACCCAAUGGGGAGGGUGUUCAGGCUUGGCUUUGUGCUUUCACUGUUGCUUGUACUAUUGGAUGGCUGCCGUGCAAGUUUUGUUGGAGUUUGCUAUGGAAGAAAUGCUGAUGAUCUUCCUGUACCAGACAAGGCGGCUGAGCUUGUUAAACUUCAUAACAUAAAAUAUGUGAGGAUUUAUGACUCUAAUGUUCAAGUCCUCAAGGCCUUUGCAAACACUGGAAUUGAGCUAAUGAUUGGAGUCCCAAACUCGGACUUACUAUCGUUCUCCCAGUUCCAAUCCAAUGCAGACAAUUGGCUUAAGAACAACAUCCUCCCUUACUAUCCAGCUACAAAGAUUACAUACAUUACUGUUGGUGCUGAAGUUACUGAGAGCCCUGGUAAUGUUUCUGCUUUAGUAGUCCCUGCCAUGAAAAAUGUACUUACAGCCCUCCGAAAGGCCGGUCUGCAGAAGAAGAUUAAAGUCUCAAGUACUCAUUCCCUUGGAGUUCUGUCUCGAUCAUUCCCUCCAUCCGCAGGGGCUUUUAAUAGUAGCCAUGCAUUUUUCCUCAAACCAUUGCUGGAAUUUCUUGCAGAAAAUGGUUCUCCAUUCAUGAUUAAUAUUUAUCCUUACUAUGCUUAUAGAGAUUCAGCUAGCAAUAUCUCUCUGGAUUAUGCUUUAUUUGAGUCUUCCUCUGAAGUAAUUGAUCCAAAUACUGGUUUGUUGUACACAAACAUGUUUGAUGCUCAGAUUGAUGCUCUCUACUAUGCACUGAUGGCUUUGAAUUUCAAAACAAUCAAAGUCAUGGUCACAGAAACAGGUUGGCCCUCCAAAGGAUCUCCUAAGGAGACGGCUGCUACUCCUGAUAAUGCUCAAACUUAUAAUACUAAUCUCAUUCGCCAUGUCAUAAACAAUACUGGUACACCUGCAAAGACUGGAGAGGAGGUUGAUGUGUAUAUAUUUUCCUUGUUCAAUGAAAACAGGAAACCCGGAUUGGAAUCUGAAAGAAACUGGGGAUUGUUUUAUCCAGACCAGACCAGUGUCUAUAACCUGGAUUUCACUGGAAGAGGUACUGUGGAUGUAGCUACAGGGUCUAAUUCCACCAGCUCAAAUGGAACAAAUACAUGGUGCAUCGCGUCAAACAAGACUUCUGAAAUCGACUUGCAGAGCGCCCUGGAUUGGGCUUGUGGUUCUGGAAAUGUGGACUGUACUGCUAUCCAGCCUAGCCAGCCUUGUUAUGAGCCAGAUAAUCUGGCAUCUCAUGCUUCUUAUGCAUUUAACAGCUACUACCAGCAAAAUGGGGCUAGCGAAAUAGCUUGCAGCUUCGGAGGUGCAGGAAUUAGAGUUGACAGGGACCCAAGCUAUGACAGUUGUCUCUACAUGACUGCUGGGAGCAACAAAACUAUUGCAAGUAAUACAACUGCAAUUUCUUCGAAAUCUUUGUCCACCCGAAUCAUUUUUCCUGCAUGGUUCUCUACCUUCUUUGUGGCUACCUUCGUCUCAGUUCUCUUGGAAGUCAACCAUGUCUGAGGAGAGUUUGAUAUUGAAGAAACAAGAAGUAUAUUUUGCCCCAUUCACGCAACGAUUGAGCUGAUGUUAAAAACACUUAAUGGUUUGAGAAAUUUUGUAUGAUAAUGAAGACAACUGACAAAAACCAUCCAAGGUAUAAGAUAAGAAAGUAUGUAUACCUCUUGGACAUAUGGUUGUGGCUCCCUGCAUAUGUUGUAUUACUAUCUUUAUUUUUUUUACCCCUCUAAGCUUUGAAAAUUGUUUUAUAUUUUUCAAGUAAGGUAAAGGCUGAAGGGGACUUUGGGAGAUUCAUAUUGUAGGUCCAAUCUUGAUGUUUCAAAAACAUUUAAUGCAGCCGAAGAAUCAAAGAAUGAAUUUUGGUCAUUCAUGUAGGAAAUUGAUGAACUCUAGUAUGAAAGAAGAGUUUUUUUUUUCUUCA